AUGCCUCAAUCGCCAUUGAAGACAAAAGACGUCGAGGCAAAGGCGAAGGAAGGAGAGGAAAGUGGCAUGGUCACAAGAGCGCGAUCGCAGGCAAAGGUCUCUUCGGCUGUAUCUAGUGACAAGGAGAAUGGCGGCACAGUACGAAGCGCUGGGAUUGAAGCACAAGUGAUACCUUUAUUCUCAGAACCAUCAGCUCGGCCGGGCUCUCCACUCAAGAGCAAGUCCUCAUCGAGCCGACCUGGAUCUCCUACAAAGUCUACAAAGGCGCCAGCAUCCAUGACCACAAGAGAACGUCUUAUUCUCCUCAACCCUCCCGUCAGCUUCUUUCCGCGCGUGUACUUUGGCCAGCUGGGAAAUAAGAUGCCACCUGCAGUGAAGAUUCUUUGGGUGAAUCACAUAGAAUCCGAUGGCGAGGGUACCAUCCCUGAAGCGCUCAAGGCACGAAUCCCUCAACAGACCCCAAACAAAUCGAAACCAAAGGUUCCAAAGAUGUGUUUCUCAGACAACACUCGAUACAAACCCGGCGAGUAUGACAGAAUCUGGAUUGCCAUCACGGAUGUUUUGAUAAACGCGGAUAGAUAUCGGCAUGAGGGUUAUCAUGAAUCGCAUUGGAUCUCGUACGUGGUCAGCCCCAUGCUGAAUUUGGUCAGCAAGUUGGAGUGCUUCAACAAGGAUGGGAAGCGAAUCAAAGCGCUGGAUAUUACACAGUUCAAAGAUCUCGAUAAACGCAUCGACUGCGCGUUUGGUCUCGAUCUUCCGACUGAUCAGACCCUUACCCUUCAACGUGGAGUGUACGCAAUGAAAGGCGCCAUGGAUAGCAUCAACCAGACUUCAAGCUUUGUCAACUUCACUCCUAUGUUCGCUAACUUCGAGGUGAAGCGCAAAAACACGAACAUAGAUCCGCUCAUCCAAUUGGCGGCCUGGAUCUCCGCCGAGUUCGAGAAACGCAAGGUCGAAGAUUACAGCUUGGAUAUGCCGGUGCUCGUCAUCGAGAUCGAGGGGGAUGAAUGGGGUCUACAUAUCGUGUAUGUAGAUAGGGAGAUGGUCAAGGAUAAAGGCUACGGUCUCCGGUUCGUGGGACCUAUAUCUUUAGGCGACACCAAAUCGUUGGAGGGUGGCUUCAAGCUUCUAGAUGGACUAUGUCGGUGUGCGGACUGGGGCGUUGGAAGCUACAAGGAUUGGUUCGAGAAGCAGAUCCUUCAGAAGUAUAUCUAUUAG